AUGCGACGAAUUCCCAUCAAGGCUGCCUGCUUGCUGGGAUUCUAUGCCUCCUACUGGCGUCUGGUGCCCCUCAUCUACAUCCUGGUGAUGUUCGUGGCCGUUCCAGGUGUCGUGCUUGCCAUCUCCCUACUCUACGGCGCCAGCAUCGCCGGGGGCAUCGUCGUCACGUUGCUGGCCAUUGGCGUCGUCGCCGGCUUCAUUGCUUGGUGGUGGAUGGGUGGUUGCUACAAGGCUGAGAGCAGUCGUGAGGGUUGA